AUGCAGCGCAAGAAUGGAAGAAACAUCAACAUUCAAAAACCACGUGUCUCGGAUGUCUACACAGCAAACAUGGGUGGUGUAGAUCGCGCUGAUCAGUUUCGAUCUUAUUACACUGUUGGAAGACAGUCGCGAAAGUGGUACCGAUACAUCUUUUGGUUCCUCUUCAAUGUUGCUGCUUGCAAUGGAUAUGUUCUGGAAUGCGAACACCGAAGAAGAAACCGUCAGCGAAAACGACCACAAGCCGCUUUUCGGUUGGAGUUAGGAAAGCGCUUGAUAAACAACUACUCGUAUAGAAAGCGACCAGCCAACCAAGUGCCUGUCCAAGAGCCAAGACAAGACCACCAAUCGGUUCAAAUGGAAGGCAGAAAGAAAGAAUGUGUACAGUGCAAAUCUGCUGGCCGAAAAACCCCGAAAGGCUAUCCAGUGGAGACGAAAAAUAAGUGCCAACAGUGUGGUGUUGCAUUAUGUAAAGUGCGGUGCUUCGUCAAGUAUCACAGUGAAGAUGAUUGA